UCCUCUGGAAGUCUGGGAGCGGAGCGGGACGGCGCUGGUCGUGGUACCGGACGGACGGCGGUCUGUCGUUAUGACGGGCUCCGGUCCGAAGCUCGGGGUUCUGCUGCUGGUCGCGGUUCUGCUGCAGACUGUGGUCGUCACCAUCACCGUGCUGCACUUCACCACCGCGCUCAACUCGAUGAAGGAGACGUUCGCCCGAAGCAGUGUUUCGUGUCUGACGGGCGCCGACCUUCAGAGCAUCACGGCCGUCCGAGGGGAUCCGUGCUGGCAGGUCACCCAGCAGCUCCACCUGCUCAUCGAGAAGUCUUUGUCUCAGCGAUACCAGAGGCAGAUUUCUUCGGCAGUGAGAGAUGAAGUAUCUCGGGUGCUGCCCUCACUUGUAAUGGAGGACAGGGCUUCGCCUCGCCCCAAAGUCGCAGCUCACGUCACUGGCAGCUUCGUGCCCAAACUGGAUCGAGACGAAGGAGCGCCGGUGUUUGCCGGACGGCGGGUUCAGGGCCAGAAGAUCUCGUGGUGGGAGGGCCAGAAGGGGCUGGCCUUCCUCCAGGACGUCCAGCUGGUGGACGGGGAGCUGGUGGUGCCGCAGCCCGGCCUCUACUACGUCUACGCCCAGACCUACUUCAGACACACCCACUCCCUGGAGGAGGAGGGCGAGGACGGCGAGGAGGCCGAGGACAGGGGGAAACCUCUGCUGCAGUACGUCUAUAAAAAGGUGAGCUCCUACCCGGUUCCCAUCCUGCUGAUGAAGACCAGCCGGACCUCCUGCUGGUCCCGGGGCUCCCAGUUCUCCCUGCACUCGGCCCACCAGGGGGGGCUGUUCCCGCUCAGCACCGGCGACCGCCUCUUCGUCACGGUGACCAACGCCUCCGCCGUGGACAUGGACGAGAAGAGCAGCUUCUUCGGGGCGUUUCUCAUCAGCUAGAACGGCGUCGGGAUCGCAGAUUGAAUUCUUCUAGAUUCAAAAACUGCAAUUUACGGGAUUGUUUUUUUUUUUUUUUUAAAGAAUCACAAACCAAAGAACUUUGACAACACUGGGUUCGUCGGCGGAGGAGAGGAUUUGGGGACGUAUGCGUGUGAGCUAAUCAGACUCGACACAUUUUUUGUAUUGGACCGAACUGGACAGAGAUUGUAGUUUCUGUUGUGCAAACAUUUCUUUAAGGCAGAACUUUUGUCAGUUUUUCAAGGAUAAUUUUAAUAUACACACAUUCAGGUCAUCAAUUAAACCCCUAAAUACUGAACUCUGAAGUUUAGUCCAUGACAAUAAUCCCUUCCUUCUGUAAAUGCAACCCUUUAAUCCAUGUUUGAGCCACUAAGAAUAACGAUCAGCACAACCCAGGUCUAAAGUUUCCGGUUAAAAGCAAGAAACUGAUUGGAAGGGGGUGUUUUUAAAAAAAGUUUUUCCUCCUAAUUUAACUAAUUUACACAUUAAGCAGACGUCACAAAGGUUCGCUAACUAGCUGAGUUAGCCAACUAGCUCAUCUAAACGCUGCAACGCUAUUUUUAGUUUCAGCUACAAAUGCUAACGUCUGCCACCUACAGGAAACAAAAGCAACAGCAGCAAAUUUAGACGCAACACAAAUUCCACAGCAUCAAUUUGUUUUCAAGCACAGCAUCAGAAAAAAGCAUUAAUGGGAGACGGAAACACUUUUUUCCCCCCCUCUAAAUAAAUUCUGAUAUAGUGAACAUUUAUUCACCUGGUUGAUCAGCUGCAUGAAAGAUUUUGAACUUUCAUGGCUGAAAAUAAUUUCUGAAGACUCUGGUUCUUGUCCUGCUUAUUACAGUCAUGUAACCUAUAGCGCCACCUUCUGACAACACCGUGCACAUGACCAUCACUUCUUUACAAAACAACCGAGUUCUGCCAUGAGGAAAUGUUUGUAUGCAACUCUUUGGUCCGUCUGGUCCACUGGCAUAAAUUUUAGGUGAAUCUCGAGAUGCGUGUUUGUUAAAAGAUGUAAAUAUUGUGCCAUAUUUUUGUAAUAAGCCUUCAAAUACGGAGUCUGGACCUUCUUGUGAACUCCUGAUUUUUGCCUGGAGGCUGGAAUCAUGAACUUAAUUUGCUGAUCAUAGACUCCUGCUGCCGUAGAGGAAGCAGCUGCCCGUGUUCACAGCCGUACUGGAGGAUUAAAGAUGUCAUUUUAAGCUCUCGUUUUGCGAGUUUAACAGUUAAGUUUUAAACACUGCUGCUUACAAACAAGACGUUGUUGGCAGCAGCGUUGAAGCCUCUCGUUCAGCUGUCAGUCCUCCAGUGCGUUGGCCUGAACCACGGCAACGUUUCUCUUAAACGCUCCCUCACGGUUGGAAUUCGUGUUGUGUUGGAUUAAGUGCAGAUGUGACUCGCAGACUUGGAAAACAAACAUCUGCAUCAAAACCGGAGGAGCUGUGUUGUUUAUUUUCUCCAGCUCUGCUGUUUCUAACAAGGCAUGAUGAAUGGUUGAACUGCAGCAAGUUGUGUUUCAAGGAGACACAAGCAGAAAUCUUAUAUUUGAGUGAAGACGCAUCAGUGACUGUAACUGACCAAGCUGGAGUUAGUUUUCAGUCUAGAAAAUAUUAAUUUAAUUAACUCAUGGUUUGCUUACUGGAUUUCUUUCACAGUUUUUGAGCUACAGCUUGUGGUCUUCAUCAACUGAUGGUGUUAGCUUGGGUGUCACGUGGAGAGCUCAGACCUCCACCAGGGUUCAUGAUCGUAUCGUAUGAUUUUACAUAAAGUUAUCCAGAUUGACACCAAAA